CAGACACUAGAAAGUUUUGAUAAAUAAAUUGCUGCAAUCUGCAUAAAAAUGGAGGGUCGUGAGGAAGGGUGUUUGAUUUUCGAAGAGGAGCUGUCCACAAAAAGAACAAUAAUCAGAGAAAAGGCAGAAGAUAGCAACCAGCUGAUGAGCCAGAGCAACCCUCCUAAGCAACUACUCAAUAUCGUCAUCGAACCAGUCGGUACCUCUGCAACUUCAUCACCAACUUCUUCUUUAGUCAGUCUUGAUGAAUGGCUUAAUGCCAUAAUCAAGCCUGAAAGUGAUGCAUCAGCUGGAAGCAACGUCCAACUUAAGAGGCCAGCAGCCAAGAUUCGAAAGGUCCCGGGGAUGCUUCGGGAUAUCGACUCGAACAAGGAUUGCUAUGAUCCUAUGGUGGUGUCCAUUGGACCUUAUCAUCAUGGGAAACCUCAACUCCAGGAGAUUGAGGAUCUCAAGAUUAAACUGGCAAAGCAGUUUGUGGCAGGAAUUAGUGGAGAACCGAUUCAUGCUCUGUACGAUAAAGUCAAGGAGGUGGCUAUGGAAGCAAGGGGAUACUACGACGAUCAUGAAAUGGAAGCCCAUGGAGAAGAUAUGGAAAAAUUCACAAGGAUGAUGUUCCUUGAUGGUUGUUUCAUUCUACAGUACAUUUAUAUGAUGAUCGACGCAGAAAGGCGCACCAAAUUAGGGAUGAAAAACCAUCUGGUAGCAUUUGUCCAGCGAGACUUGUUCCUGUUGGAGAACCAGCUGCCUUACAUUGUCCUGGAGGCGUUGAUGAGCAUGCGGUUUAAGGGUGGUGAUGAAGGAAAGGCGACGAUCGAUAACUUCAUCAAACAAACUCAGUCUCUUCCCCCUAAACCAAAAUCAUUUUUUUAUCGUAACUUCCAAUUCAGAAGAAGCAGCAGCAGCAGCAGCAGCAGAAGCAAACCAAAAACGCCUGCAAAGAGUGGUACUGGUCCAGCGCCCAAGGCCCCAGGAGACACCAAAGCAGCAGCGGACCGCACAGAUGGAAGAGGAGGUUCUGCAGAGCCUGGUGAAGCGUCCAAAUCCGGAGACAUGAAAGCAGCAGCCGACACCCAAGCUGAACCUUCUCAACAAGUUCAUCUUCAUCUUCUUGACAUACUGAGGAAAAGCUUUGUGAGCGUCCCAGAUGCUGCGAGUAGGAAAAAUGGCAAAUCAGAUUCAGCAAAAUACAAGGCCAGAACUCAUGAAUGGUACUCAUACCGUUCAGCCAAGGAACUGAAGACUGUGGGAAUCAGAUUCAAGGCCAGCGAAAGCGGUAGCUUUAGCGAUGUUCAUUUUUCGUCUCGCUUCUUGCUUUCGGGAGAGCUGACACUUCCUCCAUUGACAGUUGACGACUCCACCAAAUCCUUGCUGCUCAACAUGGUGGCUUUUGAGAUGAGCCCUGAUGGCCCUGAUGAUUUCUGCGUCACAUCUUAUAUAUGUUUGAUGGACUCACUGCUUGAUCAGGUUGAAGAUGUCGUCGAAUUGAGAAAUCGCGAUAUUCUUAUGAAUUAUCUAGGCAGCGACCAACAAGUUGCCGAUCUGUUUAACGACAUUUCCAAGAACUUGGUUCCACACCCUCAUGUUUAUAAUGAGGUUAAGUACAGGAUUGAAGAGCAUUACAAGAACAGGGUCAAGAUUUGGGUGGCUGAUUGGCUUCACACCCAUUUUAGUAGCCCUUGGACUGUUCUUGCAUUCGUUGGUGCUAUCUUUGCCAUCAUUCUCAGUCUCAUUCAGACCUAUCUCGCAGCAAACCCACCCAAAUGAUCAAUCCAUGGUAAAUUUUGACAUAUUUCUAUAUAAUAUCUAUAUACGGAUUUGGAUUAUUUCAUAUAAAUAUGUUUUUUGUGUUUCUAAUUUUUGUUUAUUUAUGAUAUUAUAUAUAUAUGCAUGCAAUAAAUACUUAUACAUAUAUAUAUAUAUAUGUAUGUAUGCUGAGCUAGCUAGUUAGCUAACUUGGAGCCUUGUAUUCAUUAAUAUUUUAAUAAAAGGAGCUUUGGUGGUUUGCUAUA